GGUCUCGGCGGCAGAAGCAAGAUGACGAAGGGAACGUCGUCGUUUGGAAAGCGUCGGAAUAAGACGCACACGCUAUGCCGCCGCUGUGGCUCUAAGGCCUACCACCUUCAGAAGUCGACCUGUGGCAAGUGUGGCUACCCUGCCAAGCGAAAGAGAAAGUAUAAUUGGAGUGCUAAAGCUAAAAGACGAAAUACCACCGGGACUGGUAGAAUGAGGCACCUAAAAAUUGUAUACCGCAGAUUCAGGCAUGGAUUCCGUGAAGGAACAACACCUAAACCCAAGCGAGCAGCUGUUGCAGCAUCCAGUUCAUCCUAAGGAUUUCAACAAUCAGUUGCGCAAUAAAUGUUCUGGCUUUAAAAAAAA